AUGGGUGCAAAAACUUCAAAGAUAUGUGAUUUUGCGAUGAAAGCUGCUUCAAAUAUCGAAAAGAUCCAAAAAUCUUCAAUAAAAAGUGGGACUAAAACUGAUUGGCAAUCCAAAUUUUUGAUUCCUCGAACUUUUGUAGGUAAGAUCUUGAGACUCCUAAAAAUAUUAAAUGAAUUCCCCCUUUUCAAAAACGACGACCAAUUGAGAGUUGCAAUUGAUGACACUGAAUCAUUUUUGCAAUAUAUUAUUGCGAAGAACGACAAAUUACAAAAGUUUUACAACAUUGAAGAAAGUAAUGGAUUUGAUGACUCAGGAAUAAACUUUUCUGUUGAAAAUGCUAUUGCUGCAACUUCUUCUCCAAAACAAGUACAAGCACGUCCCCUCCCACCAGUACCCGCACCCAGAUCUUUCAUACCAAAUACAGAGCCUCCACUACCACCACCUAGAACUUUCCCAUCACAAGCAGAGAGGUACCACAACCACCACCAAGAACUUUGUAUCGUGACAGAAGGUCCAGUGAUUAUGAAGAUCCUUCUGAAGCAAUAG